CCGUGAACCCUGGAGGAGAAGCAGAAAGCUGAAAAUCAAGCAAGGGAAACAAAGCCCAACCGGUCUCUGCAACAAUUCAUCAAAAUUUCCGUUUACAGCCAAACCGAAACGCACCCUUAUCGUUCCAUAGGCAAGAAAGGCUCGUACAUGAUUCUGGAAUUUUAAAGUUUUCGUUUUGGAAGGUCCAGCAUUUGAAAAUUCCACUAGCUUGUUUGCGCUCUCGUCCUUUUCUGUUUGUGCAAUAGAAAAGCUCGAGUCAGCCAAAAUUUGCCGUAUUCACCUAUUUUGAUAAUUAUUCAAGGAUUUUUAUGCAUUUAAAGCGGCUGCCAUAGGAAAAGUCUGAGGAUGUCGUACCCUGGACGACCCCCGAUGGUGCCAGGGAUGCCAGUUCCACCUCCCGGAAUUACACAACUGCCCUACAUGGGCAUGGGUGGACCCCCUCCUAUGAUGAUGCCAACCCAUUUGAUUCCUCCACCAAUGCCUCAAAGUGCUCCACCAAACCCAGUGAUAAGGGCUCCGUUUCGGCCAAACAUGAGUAACCAAGCGCCUCGUCCUCUCAUGGCCAAGAGGGUACCAGAGCCUUCCUCCAUGCAAGCCGUUACAGUCUUUGUUGGCAAUAUAACCGAAAGAGCUCCAGAUGCAAUGAUUAGACACAUUCUCUCUGCAUGUGGGACUGUCAACAGUUGGAAAAGAGUUCAAGGAACCACUGGUCGCGCUCCUGCAUUUGGGUUUUGCGAGUACGCUUCUCCAGACAGUGGUUUAAGAGCUGUCCGACUUAUGCACGACUUUGAAAUAGGCGGCAAGAAAUUGGUUGUCAAAGUAGACACCAAGACCAAGGAAGUGCUGGACGAAUACAAAAAUGAGAAAAGAUUAAAACUGGGCCGAAACAACAGCGGCUCCUCUCCCUUGCAAGAUGAAGCACCAACGGCAGUUGACGAUGAAAGUAACGACUACAUGGACGAUGAAAUGAAAGCUGUCGAUGCAACUGCGUUGAGUCGCAUCUCAUCAAUAUUAAAUGAUUACAACAAGGAUAUAGAGAACUACACGCCACCAGUGAAACGCUCAGGAGGUAAAGAUAAAAAUUCUACAAAACCACAAGAAAACUUCCUUAAAUUAGCUCAGGGAUCAAUGGCGUCUGGUCCUGGUCUUGAUGGCGGACCUAACUUUGAUGACGGAGAAAUGGAGGAAGGCAAAAGGGACUUGAUCACCCGAGAGAUUGGAAAAUUCCGUGAAAUUAUGAAGAAGCAGGAGGAAGAAAAAGAAGCGGAACGAAGACGACGAGAGGCUCGAGAUAAAGAGAGGCGUGAUCGAGAUGUCGGACCCAAAUCUCCUCACUACAGAAGGGACAGAGCAUCACCCUCUUCGCCACCCCGCAGCUCAAGGUCACCACCACCACUCCCGACCCGUUCUCGUCGGAUCUCUGUUUCUCCUCCGCCUCCGCCAAGGUCAUCUCGACCUCAACCACCUUCAAGAAGUCCAUCUCCUGAAGGCUCUUUUUCAAACAAACUUAGAUCUAAAGGCAGAGGCGAACGAGAAUGGAGACGUUCUCGGUCUAGGUCUCGAGAAAGAGAACGGGAGCGAGACAGAGAGCCUGAUGUCAAACGAACAGAAAAAGACAUUCAGAAGGAGAGAGAAAUGGAGGAGGAGGCAAAGGACAAGAAAAAGGCAGAGCGAAAAGCAAGGGAGAAGGAGGCUGCUUACCAGGAGAGAUUAAGAAAUUGGGAGGGCAGGGAAAAACGGAAAGCAAAGGAGUAUAAUAAGGAGAAGGAUAAAGACAGAAAGCAGUCUGACGAAAUGGCCAAGGAAGGUCGGCGGCUUAAAGAGUUUCUAGAAGACUAUGAUGACGAAAGAGAUGACCCCAAGUUUUAUAAGGGACGAGAGCUCGGUCGACGACUUGCCCUUCGCGAACAAGAAAUUGAAGCAGAUGCAAGAGACAGAGCUAAGGAGAGAGAUGAGCUAGAGGAAAUUAAAGCACAAAUAUUCUCGGAUAAAGAAUGUACAAAUCCUCUGGCAGAAUUCGAGAAGAUAAAACAAGACCAUGAUGCACUCUAUCAACCUAAAAUCCUGGUUAAAGUGGAAAGUAAACAGGCAGCACCAGUGCGGCCAAAUUCCCCUAGCCUGGAAAACGAAGGAUCCCUUUCCUCAAUGCCAUCUAAGAACGUUUCUCCUUGGAGACCACCCCAAGAAGACAUUUCAACUUCAGCCAUGAUGUCUCCACCACAGCCCACCACAUUCCGACAGCAAAAUAUUGGAGAUCAGGAGGAUAGCCAGCUCUCGGCAGUUUCUCAGACAUCUAUGGGAAUGGAUGUUUCCUCUCCAAUGGGUGGUGGAGAUUCCUCUUCCAGAGGCUUUUCAAACUGGAACAAGUCUCCUUCUGGCAGAGAAAGUGGCACAAAAGCUUCCUCGCCAAGUCACAGUAAUGCUGCAGUACCCAGCAAAAAGCGAAAGUUGGAAAUCAAGGAAGUCUUCAACACUGAGGAUGAUGAUGACAGUAGUCUAGGCACUGGUGCUGGAAGGAAACGGAAACCUUUAGUUCCUCUAGACUACGGAGAAGAGAAGGUGCUGAAAAAGAAGGAUGCAGAAGCUGGCAACUCUAAAGCCACACAGGAAGAGAAGAGGAAACACAUCAAGUCAUUGAUCGACAAGAUUCCAACUGAUAAGGAAGCUUUGUUUGCUUUUUCAAUUGAUUGGGGUGCUGUAGAUUCUAACUUGAUGGAAAAGAGAAUCAGGCCCUGGAUCAACAAGAAAAUUAUAGAAUACAUUGGAGAACCAGAGCCCGCUCUUGUCGAUUUUAUUUGCUCCAAAGUUAUUUUGGGCAGUGACCCCAAAGGCAUCCUAGACGACGUCCAAAUGGUACUAGAUGAGGAGGCCGAGGUUUUUGUUGUGAAAAUGUGGAGACUACUGAUUUAUGAAAUAGAAUCCAAGAAACUUGGUCUCGUUAAGUGAUAAGUGAGCACACCAUUUUGUUCUAGUGGUAUCGAUCUUGCGGUAUUGAGUUGAAGGAUACUCGAUUUUGAUCCAUCUGCUUCAUUUUGAGCAUCAUUGUGUUAUGUGUUUAUGUAAUUAAAAUAAAAAUUUCAAAUUGUAAGAUA